AGGGUUCUUUAAAGAACCGUUUCCUUAAAUAGUUUUUCAAAGAGCCUAUAAAGGUGUCUCAAAGAACCUUUAAAACAUGGUUCUUUAAGGCACCAUUUCCAAAAAUGGUUCUCCAGUAGGUGAUGGUUUUUCGUAUAACCACAAAGCCUUUUAAAGAACCAUUUAACCCUUGUGUUGCCUUAGGGUCAUUUUGACCCGAAUCAAUAUUACACCCUCCCCCCGCCUUAGGAUUAAUUUGACCCCAUUCAAUGUUUAAUGUCGGUGUUCUUUCGGUAGUCAACAAACAAACAUAAAGUGCCUCACACUUAAACUUGGAAAACAAUAUUAAUUCGAAUAAUUUUCUGGAGGUUUUAAUUGCUGGCGUCAAAUUGAACCCAAAGGGUAAAAUAUGUUAGUAAAUAUAAAGGUAACAGGAGGGUGAAACAUUGAAUCGGGUCAAAAUGACCCAAAGGCGGGGGGAGGGUGUAAUAUUGAUUCGGGUCAAAAUGACCCUAAGGCAACACAAGGGUUAAGAACCAUUAUUUUCCGUGUGUAGAGACACGCCCACAUUUCUCUAUUUAUGUGUAAUAAAUAAUUUGCUUUUUCUUGUGUUCAAAAUCCACUCAGCGCAGAUUCAAAGGUCAAAGUCGCAUGUUGUCCCCUCUUUGCAUGAAGCGGUGGGUAUUUGAAACCACAUCUUAAGUCCGUUAUUCGACUAAGAACCUUCUUUCAUGCUGAAUGACAUCCCUGGUAAGCACAAGAUGGAGAAAGGUGGUUCUUCUUUGUUUAUUAAUUCAAUCAACUUGCCAAUAAGUCAAGAGAAUUGAGUUCGUCGACAACAAAAUGAUUUGGUUCGAGGACAGCCCUAAUUUAGACUUUAUUGACAUUGUCAACCAGUUCAAAUGCAACAAAAAAAGCGUAUCGACUUGAUGUGAUUGGGGGAAAAGAACAGAAACACCUGGUCAGUGACCUGCUUACUUACUCACAGACAUGUGCAUCUGCAGCAUAUACUGUAUGUGAAAAGGUUUUUCAGUUGUUCCUGAUCCGAUGUGAGGUCAAAGGUCAGGGAGGUCUGUAUGUGUACGGAUUGUAAAGCCCUCUGAGGCAAAUUUGUAAUUUGGGCUAUACAAAAUAAACUGAAAUGAAUAUGUCUCUGUACCUUGAAGCUUAAACAAUCACAUUACAUGUCAUUUAAUUGUUUAAACAAUGAUUUAACCGUGCAAUGUUUUAAUGUUUUUACAGUCCAUGCCAUAUAAAUGUCGUUUCAUCUGUAGCAAAUGUAAUGGCCGGACACGUGGAAAUAGCUCACAUUAAAAAAAAGGUGGUUGCUUAUCCUAAAAAACGUUCCCCAUGGGUGCGUCCGAUAAUGGACGCCGCGAAGUGAAGGGACGGCGCCGCGGUGUUUACGGGCGCGCUGGCCCUUUAAGAACAGCGCCGUGUUUCCAUUGGCGCGGUGACGUCAGAGCGGCGGAGGACUCUAGCCUAUCCUCACCAGACUGCAACGGCAAUGAGUCCCGGGCAGAGAGUCCUGCUUUCCGAGGGAGACUUUUAACGCCGCACUGAAGCCGAAGACCUGGGGGGGGGGACGAGAUAAAAACACUCGUCGCCGGAAUAAGCUUACAGACCCCGGGGGCACUCGCCGUGGAUUUAAACCGGGAACUUUUGCGAUGGCUCUGAAGACGAUAAAGUAGUACGUGAAGCCGCACGCGAGCCCCGCUGCCGCCGCCGAAAGAUCGUCUCCUGCAGACAGAUGCACCGCCACUGCUGAGAAAUAUGCUCCAGCCGAGCCGCCUCAACCCCCGGCUUCAGUAGCGAGAUACCGCACAGUGUUGUCAACACUUUCGUGAGACAUUCUCCGGCUUCUGUUUGCUUCUGUUUUUGUUUGUUUGUUUGUUUUGCCCCCCCCCCCACCCGCAAAGUCCCCGCUAUUCCAGGUGUCCCCCAUACCCCCCACCUGCGAGACAGAAUUAUGGCAGGGAAGCUGACAGCGGCGCAGGGGACCGGAAUACUGCUGGUGACAGCCAACGUGGGAUCUCUGUUCGAGGAUCCUGACAAUCUACAGAAGACAUGGCUGAGGGAGUUUUACCAGACGGUGCAGUCGCACAAGCCUCACUUCUUGGCGGUGCACUGUCAGGAGGUGGGCGGCAAGAACUACGAGGCCUCCAUGUCGCACGUGGACAGCUUUGUCAAAGAGCUGUUGUCCAGCGACGCCAUGAGGGAGUACAGCAGAGCCCGCGUCUACCUUGACGAGAACUACAAAUGCCAGGAGCAUUUCACGGCUCUCGGGAGUUUCUACUUCAUCCACGAGUCGUUGAAGAACAUCCACCAAUUCGAUUUCAAAGCCAAGAAAUUCAGGAAGGUGGUGGGGAAGGAGACCUACACGGAGACCCUGGAGAACACGCCCUCGCUGGAGAAGGAGAAGUUUCCGCAGGACUACUUUCCCGAGUGCAAGUGGUCCAGAAAGGGAUUCAUCAGGACUCGAUGGGCCCUGGCUGACUGCGCCUUCGACCUGGUGAACAUCCACCUGUUCCACGACGCCUCCAACCUGGUGGCCUGGGAGAAAAGCCCCUCCGUCUACUCCGGGACCCGGCAGAAGGCGCUGGGCUACGCUCUCGACAGGAUUACGGACCAGCGGCACGAGAAGCUGCCGUACUUCGUCUUCGGGGACUUUAACUUCCGGCUGGACUCGAAGCAGGUCAUCGAGAGCCUCUGCUCCACGGCCGCCAUGCAGACGGUCCGAGCCGCCGACACCAAUGAAGUCGACAAGCUCAUAUUCCAGGAGAGCGACAACGACCGAAAGGUUGUUCUUCAACUUGAAAAGAAGCUUUUUAAUUAUGUCUACCAGGACGUUUUCCGGGAAAACAAUGGGACCUCGCUUUUACAGUACGACAAAGAGCUGUCGGUGUUCAAGGACCGGCUGCAUGAACUGGAGAUCUCCUUCCCGCCCAGUUAUCCGUACAGUGAAGACAGCAGUCAGGGGAAGCAGUACAUGAACACCAGAUGCCCCGCCUGGUGCGACCGGAUCCUCCUGUCCCCCUCCGCCAGAGACCUGGUCUUAAAGCCUGAAAACGAGGAGAAGUCGAUAGUCUACGAUAACAUCGGGCCCAACGUCUGCAUGGGGGACCACAAGCCCGUCUUCCUGUCCUUCCGAAUAACAGCGGGGGCAGGUAAACCUAAUGCAAAUAAGCACAAGUGUUGUGUGGUGCAGUGAUGUUGUGGGAAGUGUUGCCAAAAGGGGGAGAAGAUAUGCCGUGAGGCGCCUCUGUGAGAGACAAGACACACACACACACACAUGCACACACACACACACACACACUUUGCACAAGCGCACACUGAAGAACCGACACAAAGUUCUCCGGCAGUGCCGCCCCGUCGCAGUCGCCCUGACACCUCGCCUGUGAGAACGGCUCUCUCCAUAAAACACUUGUUGAGAUGUGGACGAGCACCCGAGGGACAUCGCUGACCUCACUGUUGCCGUGCAACCUAAUUCCCUGGAGAAGGAGGAGAGAGGAAGGAGGAGAAGAAGACAGAAAAGGAGGGACGCCUCUUCUCCACGCCACACCACUUCAUUGCCAAAACUCUCAUUGAAACCGGCCCUCUACACUACAUUCUUUUAGACGCCAUACUCGCCAUUUUGUAGUCCUGUGUGUAGGAGACGCUCCACGCGGCCUGUCGGCUGUUUUAAGACAAGUGGAAUGCAAAAAGAAAAAUUCUUAAAAAAGCAACCAAAAAAAGAAGAGUUGUAUAUCUAUAUUGUUAGGUUUAUUUGUACAUCAGACAGUAUAACAUAAGAGUUGUUAAUGGUUUUAGUCCCGUUCUUUUUUUUUUCGGACCAAACUUUGUGGUCAUCCAUAUAUAUAUAUAUAUAUAUACAUUAUAUAGCUAUAUAUAAUUGUAUAUAUAUAAAUACAUAUAAAUGUAUACAUAUUUAUAUAUAUAUAUAUAAUUAUAUCUUCAUAUAUAUAUAUUUCGAUAUAAUUAUAUAUAUUUAGAUAUAUAUAAUUAUAUAUAUAUAUGUAUAUAUAUAAUUACCUUUUUGCUUUUGUCGUCGUGUGCCCAACACACUGCCGUGACCGACACGUGGAGUCUCUCAUUUUAUAAACUGUACUUUUUAAAAGAGAUAAUUUAUGAUUCUUACCAAAAUGUUUAUGCUGAAGUUCGGUGACCUUUGGAUCGGCCGGCGGGGAGAGGAGCUGCUCCGUGAUUUAUUGCCUAUCCAAGAAUGUUUUAAGCAGUGCCAUAGACCAUGCAAGUAUAUAAGAUAAUGUUUCAUAUAUAUAUACACACAUAUAUAUAGCACUCUCACGUUAUGUUAUUAUUAUUCUUACUCUUAACUUAUUUCUAUAAUAUUAUGGUUCUCAAUGUGAUAUUUUUAGAUAAGCUCGGGUAUCCUUAAAAAUGUUAACAGAUUUUGUUGUUGUUUGUUGUUGAUUUUUUGUUACUGCAUUAUGAUGCCAAGUAUCUAUACACAGAGAUGGAGUGUGUAGUAAAAUAUGUCAGCUGGUUAACGGUGUUGCUGUAAACAAAAACAAAAAAAUAAUAAUAGAGAGAAACUCUAAAUGUGCUAAGGGGGGGGGGGGGUGGACCUUUUAUUGUGUUUGUUUAUUUGUGUGUAACCUUCAGCCCUCAUUGCUAAAUAAGUUGAGCCUUAAAGAGGCGAUGGGAGACGGUUUCUUUCAUUUUUAUUGAUUUUAAUUUACUACACUACACAUUUCAGCCUUCAGAAUUGAUCCUGCUUGAUUUUUUUUCUUUUAUUUAUUUGUUUUUCUUCUUCUAAAUCAUCGCGAGUGGAAAUGAUUUUGUGCCUGUCGCAGAAAUCAAUGUUGUCUCGUGUGAUUUUUUAAUUUUAUUUUUUAUAGGCAAAGGUUCAUUUUUCUUUCUUGUUUCUAUAAACUGGUUCUGGUUCCGGUUCCUGCUGGUCUUUGUGGGUUCACUGGAGGAAGCUGCAGGUUGUGAGCUCCUCUUCAUCUUCAUCUUAUAUAAGAGCAGAUCCGAUGUUAUUCUGCUGUAGUGAUGCACUUCUCAAGCAAUAAAAAAACCUUUAGAGCUCAA